AUGAUCAUCUAUAUGCUACUCACUACCCUUGUGGCUCUAGCCACAGCCGUGCAGGGCUAUCCAGCUCGGAGCACACAGACAUGGGCCAAGCUGCGAGAGAAUAUCAAGCAUGUCAUCUACCUGACUCUCGAGAACCAUUCAUUCGACAACAUUGCUGGAUACUGGGACUUCAAUCCCGACAUUGACAACCUCCGCAAUAUCACAUUCUGCAACGACUACACUAACCCAAACUGGACGGUCUACGGGGAGCCACUUGAAAUCUGUGCGGAGCCUUAUGCACUAGAGGUUCCACUGAAGGACCCUGAUCACAACUUCGGCGGCGUGACCUACGAGAUCUUCGGCAAGUGGAAUGUGUCCAAGACCGACGUCCCGAACAUGGGUGGUUUCAUCGAGCGCCAAUCAGCCCAGUAUAAUGCAACUCCUGGUGAUUCGGCAUUUGUGAUCAAAGCGUUUGAUGAGAAGAAAACAUCUACUCUAGUUGAGCUGGCAAGCAAUUUUGCCUUUUUUGAUUCAUAUUUCUGCGAGCACCCGGGUCCAACUAAUCCUAACCGCCAGUUCGCAACUUCGGGCUCGUCCUGCGGCUUUGUUGACAACACAGACCAGUCUUCUGGUUUCUUCAACAAUGUUACAGGAACAACAUGUGCGGUCUCAAUCUUCGAAGCGCUCAGCAAGAAGGGCAUCAGCUGGAAGAAUUAUUAUGAGACCGACAUCGUCGAUGCAUUCGUUUACAAGUGGGUACAAGACAACGCUAUGGACCGGCUCGUGCAUGCAACCGAACUAUACCACGACCUAGAAGCAGGUACUUUGCCUUCAUUCUCAUACUUGAACCCGGAGUGCUGCACCGUCGAUUCGAUGCGCCCGACCAGCAACAUGGCUGCCGGCGAGCAGAUGGUCAAGCAUUUAUAUGACGCACUACGCCGCUCCAAAUAUUGGGACAAUGCAGUGCUGAUCAUCAAUUUCGACGAGCAUGGCGGAUUCGCCGACCACGUCCCCACUCCAGUCAAUGUCCCCCAGCCCGAAGAUGGGAUCAUAUUCGAGGGCAAGUCAACGGGCCACAAUUUCACAUACGAUUUUACCCGUCUGGGCGUACGCGUUCCCGCAUUCAUCAUAUCUCCCUGGGUGCCACCCAACUUGCUCAUUCACGACCAAGGCACCAUGUAUGCUCCCAACUCGGCCUAUACACACAGCUCGAUCCUGCAUUUCUUGCAGGAGUUGUGGGAGCUGGAAGGGUUGAAUAAUCGAGUCCAAUGGGCAAAGACGUUUGAUAUGAUCUUUCUGGACAAGAAACGGGAUGACACGCCAAAGACGCUCGUCAAACCUACUUGGUAUGGUGGAAGUGGACAGCCAGAGCCGGAUUCCUUCUUCCUGUUGAACCAAGAUGAGAGCUACUAUAGGCGGCUUUUCUCUAAAGAGGGAUAG